CGCCAUUUUCAAUCCAGGGGUAAACCACAAAAAGGGUGGUUAUUAUGAACAAUUGUGUGCUUCUGAAAAUUUGAAUGAAAAUUUGAAUGAAAAUUUGAAUGAAAAUAGAGGAGUUAUUAAUUUAUUCCACUGAUGAAUUUUUGGAUGCUAAACCGGAUUUUCCUGGGAUCGCAAUGACAGAUGAUGCAAUCAAAUUUUUGUGAUUCCUCCUACGCUAGAUGUCAGGUUGAAAACGAUAAAGUGACGGUCAAACUUUGAAGGUCAAAUUGGACUUCUUAUAGACAUUUGUGUCGAAAAAAAUGGUAUCUAUCAAGAGUUCCACUGAGAUAUCAUGAGGGGAACACAUGUUUUUGGUCGGCCUUUUGGUCGUUUAGUUUCUUGCCGAUCAGGAAAGAUCAAAGGGGUAUUCAAGGGGAGUAAUUGUAACAAACCUCCUGAGAGAUGUUUGUCUUCUUCGAGCCAAAAUUUGAAGCUGUUUUCAGAUUCAAGCAAGCAACAAGACUUGAGACGAUUCCUAGAGGAGGUAAAGUCCCUAUACGAGAUUAGUGGCUAUUGUAAUCGUAAGGUGUUAAGUUUGUUGCACAUUUGUAAUUGAUUCAAAGAAAGAAUUGUUUACUCUGAUUAAGUAAAAUUUAACCUUGGCUCAUGACGUAGCCAUAUAAAGCAAUGUUGACGAACUUAACAAGGUAACACCAUCUAGUCUAGAAAUCUGAGUCAAAAGUAUACAAGCUUUUAGUUCUAAUCAAGGUGAAACAAGACAUACUUCAUACUCAUUUCUACAAAUUUUAUCAAUGUCACCUGAGACCUGUCGGUUAUUUCUCUUUCCAGAUUGGUACUGAUCCUAGGGAAGCUCGCUAUUGGCUGCGGCAGUUUCAGCAGCAUGAAUCCACCCCUGAUCAGCCAUUUGCUGUUGUGCAAGUUGACUCACCAAUAUUGAAUGAUAAAGUUAUGGUAAGUUGAAAUAGUUUGUGACAAUUAGUUGCAUUUAAUGGCAUUAUGUUGUACAGUUUUUGCAAGGUAAUUGUUUAUUUGAUUCAUAGCUUUAUUUCUUUAUUUUCUCUAGUUAGAAAAGCUGGCCUCAUGUUUGGCAUUCCUUCACCGCAAUGGUAUGCCUGUGAUCAUAGUUCAUGGCUUGGAUCCUCAUUCAGAUACUCAAAUCAAGGAUCCCAGGCUAAGAAGGGCUAAGCUGAUUGAAGGCAACAUAGAGCUUGUUGAUCUGUUGGAAAAACAUGGAAGUAAAGCAAGACCUUUUAUGAGUUCUGGUCACGUUCUCUCAGCCAUGGAGCUUGAUGAACCUGGGUGAGAUGCACAUGCUACUGUCAUUCAUUUGUAUAUAUAUAUGAGGUAUUUAAGGAAGGACACAAAAAGUCCUGGUGACACAAAAAGUAGUGGAUGUUGCAGAGACAACUAGUUUCAUGUGACAUGGAGAAAUUUUGUGGUAGUGGUAAGUUCCUACUGAAAUUUUUUUCUCUGGAAUAGGUUGCAUAAAUUCAAACUGGGUUGAAUUUGAACUUAUGAUCACAGUGAGGAACUUAGCACAAACAGCAUGAUACUGAAAUGGUAUGCUAUAAGCCGGGCUUAGGCUACUUAAAUUCUAGACAAGGAAUAUGAAGAAGGAAAUUUUUAGCUUUGCAAAUGUUUGAUAAUUCAUAGACAAACAUUUUUUUCAGGACUGCUUUUACUGGAAAGAUAUAUGAAGUGGAUGUUAGACCAUUACAAGGAUGUCUAAGGUAUUUCUGUGAGAAUAAUACAAUUUAUUAAAGAAUUAUUUCUUAGAGUAAGGUAUUUUCAGAUUGGCAUCUGCAAAUUAUAAGUUAUGGCUUAGGACAUCUUGAUUAUUGAAUGACUGAUAGUUUAUGUUUCAUUAAGACUCUGAAUUAGGAAGUCUCCAAGCUCACCUUUUAUCAUUUUACAACACUAGAUCAUAACAUGACAGCCAAUGAUAACAUUUGAGUCAUCAGCAAAAAUUAAAAACAUAGGAAGUGGAAUAGCUAGAGAUGCAAAAUAGUAAGUGAGGCAUAUAACACUAGCACGACAAUGGAGAAAAAAAGCAUUUUAUUUCUGGUCAAACUUAAACAACAGAUCUUUACAAGUAGUUUAUGAAAGUGUAGGUAUCACUGUAACUUAACCCUUUAACUCCCAGAUCAAAUUUGUAAUUCUCCUUACUGUCAACCAUACAAUUCUUAUAAUGUUAGUUCAGAGAAUUUAGUAUUGGAUCAACUAAUUAUCCCCAAAUUGAUAUAUUUCUUUAUUCUCAUCACUUAUCUGGUUGAUAUUGUAUUUUAUAUCGUAAGGAGAAAUUCUGACUUGGUCACUCAUGGGAGAUAAAGGGUUAAGGGUCAUAAAUAUUAACUGAUAGAAACAUAAUAUUGCCUGUUAUGUGUCAGCCAAACACAGGUUCCCAAAUUGUGCUGCAAAUUUAACUGCCAAUUUUUAUUUCUAUUCACUAAUACGAUAAGCAAAACAAUCUUAGCUAAGAGCUUUUAAGAGUGAACUGGUAUUUAUCUUUCCAGAUCAGGACACAUCCCUGUGUUGACAGCAGUAGCAGAAUCCCCCUCAGGUCAAGUGCUUUGUGUGGAAUCUCAUCAUGCCGCUGUCAGAGUCGCUGAAGAGUUACAGCCAAUGAAAGUCAUGUUUCUGAACACAGCUGGUGGAUUAGUAGAUAGACAAGGAAAUGUAAGUGUUAAGAGUGAUUAUGACUGGUUAUCUUAUGACUCGUUAUCUUAUGACUCGUCUACCCCUUAUCACAAUCCUAUAGGGCCAGGCAUGUUGACAUAACUCCUAUGUGGUAUGUGACUGACUUUUUAGGGCAGUUAUCAACACUUUGUAAUAUUUGAUAGGUUGUUGGUAAUGUAAAUGUUGCUGAUGAUCUGGAGAGUUUGCUACAACAGCCAUGGUAUACUGAGACAACCAAAGAGCAGGUAUUUUUGGUUUCCAUUAUUCAUUUAGUUUUAUUUAUUUUAUUACCCAAAUUGUUCCUUUGGCUCAGCCCCUCAGUAGUCUUUGGUUGGUCCAGGAAUUAUGUGCUGUCUUCUCAAGCAAUCAGAUGUAAAACUAAAACUAAUUGUGACAUAUUUUCCUUUGCUUCAGACAGUCUGCAUAGUGUGAAUCAAUAAAUAUUUUUACUUUCAAUUCUCAUUGACCACUUAAAUAUUUUCCUUUGUUCUGACUGGCCUUUUUGGUCACUUUGAUAUUAUGACAUUCCAUUGAAAUAUGUCGUAAGCUGUCCCUUUGUGAGAUCCUAGCCAUUCAGGCCCUGGUUGUUUGAGGAGUGAAUAACACUAUCCAUUACAUGAAUCUUUAUCCAUUUGAUAAUGCAGUACAUUUUGUUAACACUUAUCUGCUGGAUAGGGAUUUAUCUGGCCCCGGUUAUUUGAAGGUUGGAUAGUGCUAUCCAUUGGAUAAUUCUCUAUUGGGUGGAUAAUGCUGUAGGUUUUGCUAUCACUUGUCUGCUGGAUAGCGAUUUAUCCCUCGGAUAGUGUUAUCUGCCCUUUAUACAACUGGGCCCAGAUUUGUAAGUUAGACACUUUCCUUUUUACCUUUAUGAGAGUAGCCAAGUGUGACCUUUGGAUGAUUAGGCUAAAAAAUGAUGUAUCUCCAUUAUUUGAAAUGGUUAUUGUUUUCUCCAACAAUUAGAUAUCACAUGGGAUAUUUGCAUUUUUAAAUAUGACAAAGCUCAAUUUUUUUUACUAUCUCUUCUUGCUUUUCCAGGUGGUUUCAAUUGCGGAAUUGCUGAACACUUUACCUAUGUACUCAUCUGCUGUUAUUACCAGUGCUGACUCUUUGAUCGCUGAAUUAUUUACUCACAAUGGUAUGCCUUGGUAAAACUUAAUAAAUCAACUGUGGUUUAGCUUGAUCUGUACUCUCAACGACAACAAUAUUUUCUUUUUCUUUUUUUUUUGUGGACUCAACCACAACAUUUGACCACUGUAGUAAUAAAUAUCAUUGUCAAUAAGUGUACAGACCACGCCAAAUCACUGUAGACUUGUUUUUUUCCACCACAAUAUCAAAGUCAAAUGAAAUUAUUCUUUCAGUGCAUGACAUGUUGACGCAAACAGCAUUGUCUGUACUCUUAUUGUCAAUGACAAAUUGGCCAAUCAGAUUGCAACAUUACAGCAACUGUCAAUUGUAAAAAUUGUGAUACUCUUAACCUAAAUUUUAAAUUCUUAUCUCACUUUGAUUUCAGAGAAUUGUCAAAAUUUUUUCUUAGUUGCCAUGGCAGUCAAAGUGGUUGUAGCUUGGAGCACUGUUACCUAUUUGAUACACAUAUAGGUGUUAUAACUAACCAUUACAUGAUAUGUUAUACUCUUUUUUUUUCACUUAGGUUCUGGUACAAUGUUCCUCAGACCAGAAAAAAUUGUCCGACAUCAAUCACUGGAGACUGUUGAUAUUGACAGACUUAAGGAUCUUCUAGUUAAGUGAGUAAAGCAUGGCAUUCAAAAGACACUGGGUGUGGAUUCAUAGGAUGCUUUUUAUGUGUGUUUUUUGCUCAGUCACCUAUCACUGUUUAAGUGGAUUGGGAAAAGUAUAGAGACCAGAACAGAGAAUAUGCUUGCCAUUCUUAGGGUAUAAAGGGUUGAGCAAAUUUAUAAAUGUUUUUCUUAUUUCUAGGUCAUUUGAUAAACCACUUAAUGCAGAAUACUUCUCAUCCUUAAAAAAUCGCCUGCAUACCUUGUACGUCACGGAGAGGUAAGUACUUGGGUCAUACAAAGAUCUUCAUGAUUAAUUUUCCCUACUAUUAAUGCUGGUCUUUUCUAUCAGUUCAAACACUUUGGAGAAGGUUCUUGAUACAAACAAUGUCCCUUUGUUCUUUACAGCUACAGUACAGCAGCAGUUAUUACCAAUGAAGAUGGCCUUGAUGACAUUCCAUAUAUGGAUAAAUUUACUGUUGGCAGAAAUAGUCAGGUACAAUUUGUUUGACAAACUUUUGUUAAGAUUGAGAUGGUUUUUGAUGUUUGAGCUUUACAUAAGCCCUGUUUAUCUCAAAUUAUUUAUUAGUUUAAUGUUUUUCAGUUGUGGUAUUGCAAAACAAUUCUUGCACCUUAUUAAAACAAUCACUUGUCAGUUUGUGCUUUAAUUAAUCAAUGUGGUCUAUUAUUUUGUAUCUAUACAAGGCAAUUAGAAAAAUAAUGAUGAUAAUGAGUGUGUGCUUUUGCUACAAAUAGGGUCUUGGAACAAGUGACAAUUUGUGGAAGAAAAUAAAACAAGAUUUUAGCAUCCUAUUCUGGAGAUCUAGAGGAACAAAUCGCAUUAAUCCUUGGUAACUUUUCAAUUAGUAAUAAUGCUCUAGAAAGUAAGGAAUGCGCAGUGUAAUAUGUAAAUCUGACCUGACCUAAACAUAGACAUGGAGAUUGACCUAUUGUGAAUUGCCAAAUAUGUACUGGUAAUAUGUAUGUGCACUGCCUUGACAUGCAUUUUAAUAAUCUAAAUUAAAGUGAUUCUGGUUUUAUUCUUUUCAGGUAUUUUAUCAGGUCUGAUGGGAGUUGGACAAAUGGAAAGUGGACUGUAUUCUGGUAAAGUCUUUUUAAAUUUUAUUGGUGCUGUACCAAUGAAUUCUUAACUCUUUAACUCCUACAAGUGAUUAACAUGUAACUUCUCUCUUUAACAUCUGUGCACUAUCCAGCAAAUUGGUAAUGAGAAACUCAAACUUAUCAGGUAGAACUUGUAUCUUGGUCAUGAUUGAACACCAAGUUCUCAUAACUAAUGUGCAAGGAAAUGUGUAGCAGCUAGGAGGAAGAAUUAACAGUCAGAUCUUGGGAGUGAGAGGGUUAAACAUGUAGUGCCUAUUAUUAUAAGUACCACUUGCCUAGUGAAAAUCAAUCGUCUGUAUGCUUAAUUACUGAAAGUUGAUAAUAUUUUUAUGGCAUCAGACCUGUUGUCCCCCAAGAAUUUCCAUGAAUGGGUCAAAUUCUCCAUAAUAGGAAGUCCAUCAUAAUCCCUGAUGUUAACAGUUUCUCUUUUUUUCUUUUUUUUUUCCCAUUCAGGUAUGGAGUAAAUGAUCAUAUCUUGACACACAAGCUUGUUCAACAUGCCAUUCAGUUGCCACCAUCCUUUGAUCCUAUUGCUCCUCGUAAGUACAAUAUGAUAUUUUUAGUGUCUAAAGAAGUCUGCAUACCACUUUUUGGCAUUUGCUUUGUUCUCCGGGGCUUCUUGUUGUCAGCCCUUUUGGUGAGCACAGUAGCUUGAUGAUCACCUUGUUGGACUUCAGAUUGAAAGGUCUGGGUUAGAGUCCUGCUUCAAUCACUUUUCUCAGGCAAGACACACGUUGCUGUUCCUCCCCCUCCCUAUCCAUUAGUAAAGAUGAAUAUCAGCCAACUGUCAGAGAAGUCUGGGUAAGGGGGGGAGGGUGAUAAUGGACCAGCUUCCCAGGGAGGAGGAGUAAUAACACUCCUCAUUGCUUAACCCUUUGACGCCUAAGAGUGACUGGCAUCUAAUUUCUCCUCACAAUAUCACCCUAACAUAAAUAAUAGAAUGAUUACCAAUUAAAGAAGCUCUUUAUUGUUAAACAAAUUCUCCUGGACACCCUUGACUGAAAUGUAUAGGGAACAGUAUGGAGAAUAUGCAUACUAAUGUUAGCGUGUGAAGGGUUAAUUAAUGCUUCAGAAAAAGGAUAAAAUGUGGAGCUUUCCUUGGCAUCUCUUACUCUGUAAUCAGCUCAGCGUCAAUCAAUCAUCCUUGUUAAAUUGUAAACUGCACCAUUUAAUCAGUGAGUUCAUUAGCUGCAUUGCUAAGUUAACAUUUUCAUAUUCUCUCUUUUCAUGUUAGAUGAUGAAGCCAGCAGUAAUGGAGUUAUUUCUUCCAAUGGAUAUCACAAAUAUCUCUGAUGAAAGAGGCUGAAGACCCAGGAUUAAUAUUUCUUCAGUCAUUAGUUAAUAACUUUUAUUUGCACAAUUACUUUACCAUGCAGUGUCAUGUAAAUGAUUCUGAAAAUUAUGCAUAUCUGAUUGGCUGAAAGUUAGUGCAUUUUUCUUGUACCUGUAACACAAGUGCAAAUUACAAAUAGCAUACACACGCUUUCAAAUUUCUUGUCUUGCCUUUCUGUGGUGUUUUUUCAAGUGCAUUAUUAACAAGCAAUAACAUGACUUUUCUUGCAGUUUGGUGUAACAAGCACUUGUAAAUUUUUCAAAGACUACAACUUGCACUCACCCUGUGGGCUUGCACAGUUUGUUUUCUUUGAAAAACUAACUUGUUGAAUUUGCUGCUUGUUAAUAGCAAAUUGCACUUGAAAUCAUGUCAUAACUCAUACACCUGUUGAAUCUGCUGCUUGUUAAUAGCAAAUUGCACUUGAAAUCAUGUUAUUACUCAUACAUAAAGGAUAUCUUUUAGGGUAUCAGGUAAAAGUGUUAUUGGGUUUUCCUACAUAAAUAACAGUGUUGGAUGUGGAAGAAAAUUAUAGAAAAUAGGAAUCAGGGAAUUGGGAAAGUGUUCUUGCAUUACCAAGUCAAAAAUAUAAAGUUUAUUUUAUUUAAAAUUUGAAUAGGAAUUAUUUUUUGGAUGCCUAUUUUUGAUAGUGGGGACGAUAGCAUGACCUUGUAUUUAAAACUUGCAGCAUUUAGAUUUAAAGAGUACAGGAAUAUACUGGGAAAUAAAAGAAGACCUUGUAACAUAAUUGUUUUGAUGAAUAAUGGGUGCUUUUGCCGUCUGUAAUUUUACAGUGUAUAUGCUAUAAAAAGAGCAUGGUUAAUAUACUGGGUUUGCAAGUGUUACAGAGUUUUUGUUGUCAAACAAAUUUGUUUUAAUUUAUCUUUUGUUUUUGUGAAAAAUACAGGCAUGUUUUUUUUUAAGUUUAUUCAAUAAGAAUUAAAUCUCCUUUUUUUUUAAAAUUAUUGCAAUUACUAAGGAAGCGUUCAUUGAGGUUUUUCAACUCUCUUACCAAACAGUGGUGCUCAUCUUCUGUGGCAUUGGCUGAAUCAGCCUAAUGAAACUUUCAGACUGCUGUCAGGAACUAGUGGAUAAAUUAUUCAAGGAAUUAUUCAGAGCAAAGAGAACAAGCUCAAUGACCUUCCUCCUGCUCGUAACGCAGAUGCUUUGAGCUUUAGAAAAAAAAACAAAAGUUUAGGCCUGUGUUGGUGACUGUGUUAUCACUUUUAACGCUCUUAAAGCCUUAAAACUAUUUUAUUUGGCUAAUUUAUUGGUAUUUUAUUUUUUAAUCAACAUUCUACUUACAAACACAAAAGAUAUACAAACAAAUGUCUAUUCAACCUUUCUUUAAACCACUGAUAGUUCUUUUUAAUGUUAUCAUCGAUGUUCUCCUUUGUAAUAAUUGUGUAAUUCAAUUUGUAAGUUGCAAAGCGAUUAUAAAUAAACUACUUAUCUAC